UCACCCAGUUUCAGGAUCAAACACACACACAGUCAAUGAGGAAAGGGCUGAGGGACGAAGGGACGCGGAGAUCUCAGGUAACCCCCCCUCUUUUCCAUCAAGUCUCCGGACACGACCAAGAAGACCAGUACGUCUAAGGAAAAACCAAAACGGAGAAGAAAAUAGUUUUGAUGAAUAAGGAUUUUCGGAUACACGCGGGGAGAUAUCUGGAGAAAAGAAGAAGAAAAAAAACACGGCACGAAAACAAAUUUCUCCUGCGCUUGACAAGGAAUUAGUGGGAUUUUUCGGACGGAGAUGAAGACGAAAAAGUGUUUGAUGAUGCUGUCAGGUAGCGAGACAGAUGAUGAGGAUAGUGUGGACACCCCUUUGGAUCUGUCAUCCAGUUCGGGAAGUAAUGGGAAGAGAAAACGGCGAGGGAACCUGCCCAAGGAGUCAGUCCAGAUCCUCAGGGACUGGUUGUAUGAGCACCGUUACAACGCUUACCCAUCUGAACAGGAGAAAGCCCUUCUCUCCAAGCAGACUCAGCUCUCUACAUUGCAGGUGUGCAACUGGUUCAUCAAUGCUCGGCGGCGACUUCUUCCGGAAAUGCUCAGAAAAGAUGGCAAAGACCCCAACCAGUUCACCAUCUCCAGGAAAGGGAGCAAGGCUGGCGACAGCUUCUCUGACAGUUCUCAGUCCCCAAAACAUAGCAGUCCUGCUGCAGGCACAGAGGAGAGCUGCGACAAGCGCGUCCUCCACCCCUCCAGCUUCGAGCCCACCAUGCCCAGCGUCCUGAGGAAGGCUGCAUCCCCCUCCACACUCUCUCCAACCUCCACGUCUCCCUCUCCAGGCCUCUUUCCCACACGGCCGUCUGUCAUCUGUCACACCACUGUCACCACAGCGAUGCAAGCCAGCCCGACAGCUUCCCACCCAUCAGUGCCAGCAAUGAACUGCGACAAGGCAGCUGAGCUGUUGCAGUCCGUGCAGGCUCAGGCACUCCUCAGGUGCCGAGAUGAAGGGCCAGGUUGCCAGCUGCUCCCCACCACUACCACCAUCCUCAGCUGCACCAGCAUGGAGGGCAACCUGAGCCCCCGCAGCGGGCUGUUCAACACCCCUCCCCCAACUCCUCCAGACCUCACACAAGACUUCAGCGGCUUCCAGCUCCUGGUGGACGUGGCCCUCAAGCGGGCUGCAGAGAUGGAGCUGCAAGCCAAACAGCUGGUUUCCUAAAAGACAAACUGACAGCAAAGGAGGGAAUGGAGACUGACUCUUUGUCUCGACUUUAGAACUCCUCAGUUCAGUGACUUGUCUGCACGUAACAGAGAACAAAUCCACAUGAAAGCCUGAUAAUUUCUAUUUUUGGUAUACCAAUCAAUAUGAGGAGGUUGUUUUUUAAUUAAAAGAAAAAAAAAAGAAAAAAAAUGUAUUAAGGUGCCUUGGCCGUAAGUUGUUUAUUCAUUUCAUAUACGUGCGUAUGUAUCUACAUGUGUAUUUUAUUUGCACACAGGGACCAAAAAUGUUGUCAGAAAUGCUGCCUGUCCUUAUGUCUUUCCAUUAUAUUGAAUAUCAAUGUAGAGAAUGGAGCAAGAAGUAGAAUCAAUUACACAGAUUGGUCAGAUCCACACACAUUUAUGGUUUAACAUUUCAGAGCUCAGUUCAUGAUUGGUCUGCCUGAUUUGUUUGCACACUAAAAGGUAGAAGGUCAUCUCAGUGUCUUAAACAUACUGUGCUCUUGGCAUCGAUGACAAACUUAUACACUACUGUAGUAAACAUUUAAGUGUUUUAGUUUUGAUUUUGUAAUUUACUUUUAGCUGUUUUAAAAGAAAAAAAAACUAUUCUUUCUUUUUUUUUUAAACUGUUAUUUUCCCACUGAGGGAUGGUUCAGAUGACCAGUGUAGCAGGUUCUUAGACUGAGCCUUCAUCCCAUCGCUCAGCGAACACAACGGCCAGUGGACUGUAAAACAAAACACUACAGAUGUUUUUCUGCAUUUGCUGUUUUAUGAGUUUGACAAAGCUUUUUUUUUUCUAAUCACCAAAAAUGCGCAUUUUCAUGUAUAAUAGGACCAUGUGUACAGUCAAUGUGACAUGAUGCCCAAUGAUGUGAUUUUUUUUUUCAUACUGUGCAAUGUUUGUGGCAAAUAGGGGUCACAUGGGAUUCAAAUAAAGUUUUGUUUUUCUACA